UUUUGUUUUCGAUUGUCAACAGUGCGCUCGUAAAAUCUGUCUCUUUCAGUGUUAAACCAUCUCGUCGCUAAUUUUCAUUAUUUAUAAGUGAUUGAACAUCGUGACGCUUCACACAAAAAAUGAGCAAAGCUCACUUUGCCGUCGUUCAAACGCAAGAAGCCCAGGGCCCAAUGCUGUCGGUCGUGCCGCAUCAGUGGGUUCAGAAGGAUGGAUUGCUGUGGCCAAACAAAAAUGCGCAUACGCUCUCCAAGGAUGCAUCAUCAAAGCCAUCACAUACUUGGACAAAAAUCCCUUGUGUUAUGAAGAAAAAGAACAUUGCUACCUACGAGAAAGCGCAGCAGGAAGCAGCAGAACUUUCAGGGUUGUCGACGGACACAUCGGAUUUUGCUCCGCGGAAAAAGCAGAAAAGGGUACACAAAAGUCAACCUGCCCAAGGAUAUGAUUUUAAUGAUAUGCUCAGCCAAGCUGGUCCAUCCUCUGCCAGCCAGCCGCAACCAGGCGUCAAACAUUUGGUCAUCAGCAGAAAGUCGAUGGUCCCGAGGCAAACGCCCCCUUCUUUUGUCAUGAAGGCUGUGACUAGUAAACCAGCACCCGGACCGACUCAACUGGCAAUGGGACAGAGCCCUGCUCAGCUGGAACAAGCUCCGGCCACUCAUGCGAUGGCUCAUUCUGCAUCAAUCAUCCCAGUUGCUCCGUCUGUUCCAGUUGCAGCGGCUGUCGACAUGCAUCAAAUCGUCGAACAAUCUGAAGUGUCGCUGCUCAGCGCAUCAGAGGUCGAAGUUUUACUACAGAAUUCUCAAGAAGUGGGACUUGAAUCGCAGGUUGCAGAGGAGGAGGUCAGCUAUCAUGAGGAAUACAUGGAAAAUUAUGAUGAGGAACAAAAUUCGGAAAAAAGGAUCGUUCAGGCGAUCGAGCAAGCGAGUGAUCGAAUUAUUGAAGCUGUCGCAAGAAAGAUGGACGAAUCUUUCACAAAAUCCGUUGCUGCAAUAAAAAGCGACUUCGACUUGAAGAUAGAAGCCGCCCUGCGUGUUCGCCGGCAUGACAACGACACAACUGACCAAAACUUCAAAUUUUCGCCUGCGUCGACUGUACAGGAAAUUGAGCAACUCGAAACGGAGUUGGCAAAUACAUCUUAUCAGGAGAAGCUUAUCACUCACAUGCGGAAGAUGAUUGGCCCUAUCGGAGAUACCUGUAACGGCCAGAAUAUGUGUUACGCUCUGAUCGAUCGCUUUUUUCAACGCUGUGUGAUGACCAGCUGCUCCUGGAGUGGCGGCAGUAAAUCCGACGUGCCAAAAUAUCCAAUGAAGAAUUGCAAACACAUUUUGGAUACUUUUUUCAAAAUCGUCCACGCUGUGAAUUCGACAUUUUCAGUUAAACUGAUGGAGGACUUCUUCAAGCAGGUUUUGAGGAACGCAAAAUCUCGUUGUCAAGCGAAAGGAUUGCGACAGUCAACGAUUCAUCGACGGGCGAAGAACUCAAAACAAAAAAAUACUCAAGAGGACAUCUGUAACGAUAAUCAAGGCGGUGACGUUUCAAACCAGGAAAUGAAGCACGAAGCUGUGGAAAUUGACGCUUCCGGUAACUUGGAUGUCUCCGACAAUUUGGAUGAUGAUUCCGAAGAGGACAACGACAAAGAAAACACGAUUGGUGACGAAGAUGACGAUGAGUGAAAGGUGUCAGUUUUUGAACCUGUUUUUUUUUUGUUAUUUGAGAAGUUGAAAAUGAAUUUGACUAACUUUUGACUGUUUUGUUCUAAUCAAUUCGAUAUAUGAAUAUGUUAUCAAUGUGAAUCAGUAAAUAAAACAAAGGUAUUCAAACU